AAAACUCCAACAUCAAUGACUAUGCCUGUCAUUUAUUCAGUGACACCCUUCUUUGUGACACUUCUAUCAUGAUACUUUAUACAGUUCGAGAAAUAGUUCACACUGCUGGGACUUUCUGUGAGUGCGUGUGUUGCUCUAGUAAAUCAGUAGGCCUAAUACUAAUUGUUGUCUUUUGGAUUAGUUGAUUAUUAAGAGUAGGAAAGAACUUUCACUAUCACUAACAAUACUAUAACAAUAAAAACCUGUUUACUCGGUAGCUUACAGUACACACUACAAAAAUGACCAUUACGAAGAAAAUGCCCAAGGACAGAAAUAACCUGAAGCAAUGUUCGUGUAAGGCAAAUGAACUAUUUAUGCUUCCCAGGACUUUUUUGUCUCUUUCCACCAGGAAGAACUUCUCAUAGCUGCUUUUUACAUUAGCACAUGUAAGUGGCCCCGCACAUAAGUGUGUGUGUGUUUUUCAAGUUGGCUUGUGUGACGAACUUCAGCUAUUGAAUAUAUCUGACGAUUAUUGGAAAUUGUGUCCAUAGCAGAACAAAAAGGUAGGCAGUUGAUGGAUUAUGUCUCUGUUACAGGCCUUCCUCACUUGUAACCGGUUUUUACAAAUUAUUAUGAUUAUUAUUAUUUUUUUUAAAGAAUGUGUUCCCUACUUGGGUUGCUGAUACCCAAAGGGUGAGCAUGGCAUUUACAGAAAUGGGAUGAAAGUGAUUAUAAAUGGAAGCUAUGAAUGUUUAAAACAGAAAUAUAUAUUCAAAUACAUUGUUACUUUUGAAUGGGUUGGGAGACUUUGUCAUAAAAUUUGCAGGGUUCCAGGGUAUAGAGACAUUUGGGGGAACCCUGGUCUAUAGUUACUAAAAGCACAUGACAUGUAGUUAAGUCUGACUUGUUUAUUGAUGUUAAUCACGCUUUUUGUACAUUUGAAUUGGGGGGUGGGGGUGUAGUUUACCAAAAGUCACCAAGCAUUAUCUUGGUCUGGCGUGGGCAUGGGGAAGGGGUGUUACCGCUUCUUGCUAUCAUUUACACCCCUAGAGGAAGGGCGUUUCUUAUUGAUUGCACACACAAUAGCAGCCCGGAACGGACAUAAAGAACUGAAAAUAAUAACUAGUUUACCUUUGUUGAAUGUCUUCAAAACAACGUGUGGACUCUCCCGUGUGGGGCCAGUGUCAGGGGCGUAACUGUGAGCCAUGCUCUAAUGCAGUUAAACCACACACGCUUUAUUGGUUUUUCCCGUCAUUUCCCAAUGAACCCGACAGAAACUUGAUAGUGUCUCAGCACGACACCCCAUUCAAACAUUUCAAAGGCUUAAUGUAGAAACUGAACUCUAGGUGUGUUCAGAUGAAAAUAGAUUAUCCAAUUGAACUAGAUCACCAACUUUAAGCCUGAGAACAGUAGAUGUAAAUAUCUAGAUGUACAUUUCUUCCAAGUUUAACUUUUAAGUGAUGCUAAACCCAGCAGCACUGUCAACAUAAAAACAUCGUAGAGCAGGAAUACGUGGGAGCAAUACAUUCCUAUAUAAUCACACAUAGUAGAAAACUCUUUGCUUUCAAAGCAUUUACAGCUCAACUAAACAUAUAUAAACAUAGGUAACUUGAAAUAUGUAUUUUAUCCCAAUCAACAAUGUCUCAAAUGUUUACACACUAAAUUUGACUCUACACACCCUGAACUUUAUGACUAGUGAAGUGUGUUACGAGUCAAGCGGAGCUGUGACUGUAUAUAGGUCAACCUAUGAAUCCGUGAACCCCACCACCCAACACCCCUCCCCAGAACCCACUAACUGCAUAUUUGACACAAACAUUUACACCUCCAGCCUUCCAUUCUAACCACCCCCAUCCCCCCAACUUUAACAAAAGUUGCUCCAAUUGAGGAUGGAAGAGAAACAAAAGAAUUCUCAGGUCAGGAGGAUUCAUGCAGUGUCAGCAAUGGGGUGAAUGAAGGAGGCAACAUAGUUCAAAAAAGUUGAGGCCCUUUAAAAUUAAUUAAGCGUGAAUACUGUCUACUUUCUAAGUCAGUGUUGUUCUGGUGAUAACUUAAAAGUAAAUCGAUAAUAAAAAAAUCAUUUAAUAAACAUUUAAAGCCAUUUUUUCCUUUCAAUAGAUUUCAUGACAUCAGAGCGCUGGGAGCACGUUAAAAUAGCAUGAACACAAGCGCUAUAAAACUAUUCAAUCAUCUUCAACAAAUAAUAGAUAAGCAUUUUCAGUUUUCUUACCACCUUUAAAUGCAUUUACGACAUCACGACAGAAGCUAACUUUAAAGUGUGGUCACAUUUUUUAUAGUUUAAAAAAAAAAAUGUUUUAGAGGUUUGAUACCCCGACAUCAAGUUCAAACUACAAAGGUUCCCACACAAAAAAAAAAACAAACAAAAACAGGAGCCUCUCAAACAGCGUUCUUUAUUUGUUUAGAAUUACUUUUUGUUUCGUCAUGUCAAGACGGUCAUCGGCGAAUCGUGAAAAUCCCCAAAAUAUGUUGUUUGGUCCCAAAUGGCAAUACGAUCCAUGUCCAUAGCGUAUGAAUUCAUAAAGCCCGCAUUUGAAAGCUAGAAGGCUUCUGAUGAAAGCUUGAAGGUCAAUAGUAUAAGCUCGAAGGUCACUACUAAUAAAAGCUUGAACAGCGAAGAUGAAGGCUUGACCACCGAUGAUGAAAAGCCAUAUAUGAAAACUUGAAGACGCACAUACUGUGCCUGGGCUAUGAGUAUGAGACCCCUGCUAUAUUAUAUAGGGGCAUGGUAAUAAAUGGCACAGAAAUGCCCUCUCAAUGCCCUAAGACCCUUGCUAUAAAGGGGCAUGGUAAUAAAUGGCACAGAAAUGCCCUCUUAAUGUCCUAAGACCCUUGCUAUAAAGGGGCAUGAUAAUAAAUGGCACAUAAAUACCCUAUUAAUGUCCUAUGACCCCUGCUAUAAAGGGGAAUGGUAAUAAAUGGCACAGAAAUGCCCUCUCAAUGCCCUAAGAAUAUGGUUCUUCUCUAUGUUCAGCCAUUAUUCCCCAUUAGGCUGUGGGCCGAUUUCAAAAUGAAUUACCGGAUACUAAACCACCCAAACGUUUGGAUGUGAUUGGUCGAACUGACCUAUAACUUAAGGGAGCAUUCAUGUUAUGCAAUCAGAUUUGGCCAUUAAAACUGGCAUUUCAAAAGCAAAUAAUGGCCCAUAAACGAGCAUGAUAGAAUUUGUAAUGGGUUGGUAUCAUUUUAAUGAUCGAUUCCCAUGACCAGACCAAUCGGUAAUGUCGGGGACAUUUCAUUGGAUAGAUCAUUUUAAAGGUUCAUCACGCGGAGUCAGGUUCUCCUGACGGAAGAAUCGAUCAUGUGCGAGCACUACUGUUUGGUCAUGUGCCUUACAAACAAAAUUCUCAAGUCCGUAUUACACAGUAUUAUAUAGUUACGUUACUGCAUUCGGUACAUUUUACACAUACGUUACCCGGUGUAAUUUUUUUACUUAGUCGUUUAUUUAGCCAGAUAAAUUCAAGAGUGUAUACACAACAAUAACAAUAAAACAUCGAUUCCAACUUACACCAUCACCGAGGGGACAAUACUCAAACACACAUUUAGCCAGUCGUUUCACUGUUGCGGCCCUUAAGUUUGAAUUUUGUUUUGCAUUUGAAUAAUUUGUACAUACUUCUAAAGUCUUUUCCCCACCCAUUUUCUUUUUACCCCUUUUUACCCCUUUGCAGCGCAAAUCAAUGACAGAAGAAGGCUAUGAAUAGUCUGUGCAGAGGUGUAGACGAACAGACGACAUGCAAAACUCAACAUCAGUUCGCCCACUACCACACUGCCAGGGAGUUGUCAGGUAAGGUAUGUAAUGUCCCGUCACACUGAUUAUCUAACAUCCCGUCAAAAUGAUUAUAUCUAACGGCCCGUCAAAAUGAUUAUAUCUAACGCCCCCGUCACACUGAUUAUAUCUAACGCCCCGUCACAGUGAUUGUAUCUAACGCCCCGUCAUACUGAUUAUAUCUAACGCCCCGUCACACUGAUUAUAUCUAACGCCCCGACACACUGAUUAUACCUAACGCCCCGUCAAACUGAUUAUAUCUAACGCCCCGUCACACUGAUUAUAUCUAACGUCCCGUCACACUGAUUAUAUCUAACACCCGUCACACUGAUUAUAUCUAACACCCGUCACACUGAUUAUAUCUAACGUCCCGUCACACUGAUUAUAUCUAACGCCCCGUCACACUGAUUAUAUCUAACACCCGUCACACUGAUUAUAUCUAACGCCCCGUCACACUGAUUAUAUCUAACGCCCCGUCACACUGAUUAUAUCUAACGCCCCGUCACAUGAUUAUAUCUAACGCCCCGUCACACUGAUUAUAUCUAACGCCCCGUCACACUGAUUAUAUCUAACGCCCCGUCACAUGAUUAUAUUUAACGCCCCGUCACAUGAUUACCUCUAACGCCCGGUCACACUGAUUAUAUCUAACGCCCCGUCACCGUCACACUGAUUAUAUCUAACGCCCGUCACACUGAUUAUAUCUAACGCCCCAUCAUACUGACUAUAUCUAACGCCCCGUCACAUGAUUUAAUCUAACGCCCUGUUACACUGAUUAUAUCUAACGCCCCGUCACACUGAUUUUAUCUAACGCCCCGUCAUACUAAUUAUAUCUAACGCCCCGUCACACUGAUUAUAUCUAACGCCCCGUCACACAGAUUAUAUCUAACGCCCCGUUAAAUAGAUUAUCUAACUUUCCUUUACAUUAUCUAUCGCCCUCUCACAAUAAAUAACGUUCCGACACGACUGUACACAUGUAGCUCGUUGAAUGUUGAUGAAGUGGGCGAGGAAAAAAAGGGGGGGGGGCAUAGCUUUCUUUUUCAUCUGCUGGGUGUGUGAAUUACAUCUUAACAUACCACAAUCAUGGUCUGACGAGGGGGUAUGUGAAUAACACCAUAGUAAACCACAAUCAUGGUCUGACGAGGGGGGUAUGUGAAUAACACCAUAGUAAACCACAAUCAUGGUCUGACGAGGGGGUAUGUGAAUAACACCAUAGUAAACCACAAUCAUGGUCUGACGAGGGGUAUGUGAAUAACACCAUAGUAAACCACAAUCAUGGUCUGACGAGGGGGUAUGUGAAUAACACCAUAGUAAACCACAAUCAUGGUCUUACGAGGUGGUAUGUGAAUAACACCAUAGUAAACCACAUUCAUGGUCUCACGAGGGGAUAUGUGAAUAACACCAUAGUAAACCACAAUCAUGGUCUCAUGAGGGGGUACGUGAAUAACACCAUAGUAAACCACAAUCAUGAUCUGACGAGGGGGUAUGUGAAUAACACCAUAGUAAACCACAAUCAUGGGCUUCCCGAGGGUGGGGUCGUUUUGUUUUUCGGGAAUAGAAAUGAGAUUUGAACACGUGUGCAUUCAUACAGAAAGUCACACCUCUUCUUGCUUUCAGUGGACACCUAAUUGGGAAUCAUUAAAAAUUAUGUCCUACUAGUGACGUAGCUAGAGUUAGUACUGUCAACCGUUCCCUCCACGAAAAAAAAACAGAAAGAAAGACUGCUGCAAUUGACCGAAAAUGCCUUAAGAUGAAGUGUCUCUCGUGACGGUCAGCGCAACCCCACUCCUUUUAUUUUGUUUACGCGUGGUCCUGAACAAUGUGGACUAUCAACGUUUAAGAAAACUUUUCAUAGGCAUAAAAAGUACCUUGGGUCAGAAAUGUUGAACAUUCAAUCAUUCACUUCACCCCACCCCUUCCCCCCCCCCCCAACCCAUCCUCUUUGCUAGAUUUAAAGUUACCGGUUAUGAAAGUUGUGAAUGCCUGUAAUGUAAUAUGCAGGCCUGUUCAUCUGUAAUGUAAUAUGCAGGCCUGUUCAUCUGUAAUGUAAUAUGCAGGCCUGUUCAUCUGUAAUGUAAUAUGCAGUCCUGUUCAUCUGUAAUGUAAUAUGCAGGCCUGUUCAUCUGGAAUGUAAUAUGCAGGCCUGUCCAUCUAUAUAAAAAAAUAAAUAAAUGUGUGUAGCCUUCCACAACUGACUGUAUUUUUUGAUAAUUUAAAAGUUCAGUUGUUUCCACACAGGUCAUCUAGCUAGUGCAUUCAUGAAGUAAAUAACGACCUGCAUUGUAUUUCUUUGAUAAAGGAAACAUUGCAUGUCGUUCGGCUCCCCACAAUGAAGCGACAAUCUGGCUAUGGAAAUUAUGUCUUGAAUUACUUGUAUUCAUUUAGACAAGUGCAUAUUUUUAUCAUUCAGUGUAUCGAACGGAAAAAGGCAGCUCUUUUGAAGAGUUUUGUUGCACCCUGUUUAAGCCCCAAGAUCAACUUCCUUUAAUGUGUAAUGUGACUCUCACGAUUAGUUUACCAUAGCAGUACAUGUUCUGGAGUGACUUAACAGAUCCGUGCUUCCAGGGCCAAAUGUUGCAUUGGGCCCAGAGGCACUGGAUGGGGUACAGAAGGGGGAUGGUCCGUCCAAGGGCGGCACUUUUAAACUUUAUAUAGAGGGGCGGAAUUUUCGACCAACUGGAGAGGUUUUUUUUUUUUGGAAGUGCAGCGCCAAAAAGUUUUUUACCUUACCAGCUACACCACUGAUUGGUCCCCUCAAAACCGAUGUACACCACCAGGGCCAGAUUCUCCACGGGAAAUGGCAGACAACGAAUAGAGUGCUUCCGAGGCUCAAGGGGGCCCCGGGCCUAUUGUCAAGGGGAGUCCAUAUAUCACCACUUGCUUAUAACAUGCAUCAUUGUUAUGUAUACCUCUAAGCUCAAAUGGAUUAAUAUUUAAAAUAAACCAAAACGCCUCAGAGGACACCCUCUACCACGCGGCACUGUCUCUUCAAGUAAUAUAAGACACCCAGCUUUCACGAAACACUUGAAUCCCAGUCUGAGAACCAUUGCACGGUCAAAAAUUCACGUAGAUAUCUGAUUGGUAUGGUCGGUCACGUAUAACACUUUAUUCAAGCGGGCGGCGCGGAGUAGCAGGUAGUAGGGGGGGGGAGGCCAGACGCUUAAGCAAAUAACUAAAGCCGAUAAUUAAAGUUCUAAAAAUAAAACAUUUGAUGUUGUUUGUAUUGCAGUCUGCCGUCUGUAAAACCAUCAUCUUGCCCCCCCCCCAACCCUUCCCAUGUUAACUACUGCACCCAUUACACAGACAAAACUAAUUGUUGCCAGGGGGAGGGCAUCAACUUUUGUCUUCUUUUUUAAUAUAAAGAAGAGAUUUGGUGGCCGGAAGUCGGUUCAGAUUACGUCAUUAGGUUACGCAAAUCUUUAGUUCGACGCCCGACUAUGACGUCACACAGGAGUUGUUCAUCGGAUUGGAUUAAAAUGCAGGACAGGUUCAGAAAUUUUUUCCACCCCCGAAUCCACUUAAUUUAACAAAGUAACCCGAGACACCAUUUUAUAGAAUCAAAGGGGCCAAGGACCCCGACACAUUAGACGGAGUAAAUACGUUAAGAGAAAAUCCAUGGAACGAUUAUAUAAAUGAUUAUGACAUUGUUAAAUCUUUAUUAAGACAACGAUUAAGAAUGAUUUUAAAAAAAUAUAUAUAUUUAUUUUAAGUUUAAUGUUUCUGUCGUUGACCCCCCCCCCCCCCCCCCCACGGAAAACCAUUGGCUAUCCUAUGUGGGGUUGGGAACGAAUGGGUUGAGAACCAGGGAAGUAAAGUGAAGAAUAUGAUGAUUGUUAAAACAUGUUAUUUAAAAAAAAAAAUUUAAUGUAAUUGCUGCAUUAUGAAAUUUAAAUAUCCAAGCCAAGCCAGAAUAAUUAAUGGAGGCUAUUAAAAAAUAAAAAAAAAAACAGAGCGGUCAAUUGUGAAAAGUCCCACCAUAAGUCAAAAUGAUUAACUGUGACAUGUCCCACCUUAAGUCAAAAUUAUUUCUUGUUUCAUGUCCCACCAUAAGUCAAAAUGAUUAAUUGUGACAUGUUCCAUCUUAAUUCAAAUUGAUUUAUUGUGACUUGUCCCACCUGAAGUAACAAUAAUUUAUUGUGCCAUGUCCCACCUUAAGUCAAACUGAUUUAUUGUGCCAUGUCCCACCUUAAGUCAAACUGAUUUAUUGUGACAUGUCGCACCUGAAAUCAGAAUAUUUUAUUGUUACUUGUCCCACCUUAAGUCAGAAUGUUCAUUGGUAACAUAAUCUACUCGAAGCUAGAAUAAUUAGAUGCAGCCAAUUUCAUUAUCUCAAAGUUUUGAUCCAUAUAUCAGAGCUUACUUCUUGAAUUUUUAAAUUUUAUAAUUUUUUUUAAAAUCCGGCUUCUUUGUACCAAAAGAAAGGAAAUUUCUACAGUUUUAAGAUUCUAUAAUAUCUUUUUUUAAAAAAAAAAGAGAUCCACCAAUGUCAGUCAUUGUUAUACAAAUUAAACAGCCUCGCCUUAAAAACCAAGUUUUUAAAAAUUAAUCCUUUAUAAAAUGUAAUACCGAGCAAUAUGGGGUGGGCUGGGGCUGAAAAUAGGACCCAAAAAUGCACACAAGUAAAGAGCUUUAUAAGAAUCCGAUUAAUGCUCCCACCUGCUAAGGCUCACAACAGCAACUUUUUUCUUUUUCACGCCCCUUAACUCUAUUAAUAUUCUAAUAAGCCAGCCGCUUUUACACCGCAGAUUUAGUGCACCAACUGUUUCGGGAAAAAAAAAAUGUUACUUACCAAAGCGCACUUGCGAUAUAUUCGUUUUAGAAUCAAAUUUUGUGCAGUUAUCGGGAAUUUUAUUUGCUGAAAUCAGUGUCAUUAAAUUUCCCACUUCUUGAAAAACAUGAAAAACAGAUUUUUGGGGGGUUUGGGUGGGGGGCUGAAAAUUGGAUAGAUGGUGAUGUCAUCAGCAACGCGUCUAUGUGCAAAGUUUCAGCUCGAAAGGUUGACGGGAAGUGGGCUAAUUAGCCUUCAGAAGGUUUUGCCACAAACCCAGCCAGAAAGAAAGAAACAGACGAAUAAAAGCGAAGUUAACAGAAUGUAUUUAAAAAAAAUUAAGGGUUUGAAAUUACUUAAUUCACAAUAGCGUUGUUGUUUUUUUUUUUAAUGCGAACGCCCUAAGAAAAAUAUGCCUCUGAAUAGGCAGUUGUAAGACAUGUUGUCACGUGUGAAGCUUGUGUAAAUUGACGACAAUGUGAAUGUCAGAAUGUCGUUAUGGUUGUUUUUUUAAACAUCUUUUUGAUUGUCGAGAUAUACGUCGUGUUUUGAUUAUCACAAUAAAAUCACGAGCAACAUUUGGAAACCUGGGAUUUACAAGCAGAUGCAGUGUCCGGUGUAAACGCUGUGGUCUGUGGUCAAAUGGAAAGGGCCUAGUUGGCAUUAAAGCUGGUAAAAUUACCGGGUCGUCGAGAGAAAAAAAAACCAAACAAACACAUGCGUGAAAAUCUAGUUUAGAUUAUCGUGACGUUUUAAGACAUUUUUUAAAAGUUUGAUUUCUUCACAGUCAUAUGUGAGUAAAUGCUUCAUUUUAAUAUAGUAAAACUGUGUCGACAUUCACAUUUGUUAUGUAUGACCUAUAUGUAAUAUGUAUAGGCGACAGAAUGUUAAUGGGUCACAAAGGAGAAGUAUAAAAAUAGCCGAGUCACGAAAAAAAAAAAGUUUAAGAAACCCUUGUAUAGAAUAUAGAGACUUCAUUAAACGUUGGAGGUGUGCACGGUACAGGGCUUUUUAUAGCAAUAGAGGAAAUGAGACACCAGACGCCUAUUAUUUCAAGAUAAUCAUCACAUCACGCUGUAAACAUAUUACAUUUUUAUGCUUCGAGUCUAAGUUCAAACACCUUUUUAAAUAAAAAAAAUAUAUACAUCUGAGGAGAGACAUAAAGUCGACUUAAGCCCCGCUAUGGGUCGUGGUGACAGAAAAGUCGAUUUUCAGCUGCGACUAAGCGACACGAUGCCACAAAGGUCAACUUUACACCCAGCAGAUCUCGACUUUAUCGCUACCAGUCUACGCCAUGAUAAAAGUCGAAACGUGUUGCCACGCACACCGUCUUUGACCAGGUUUCUUCGUCCGAAAAGAAAGAAAAAAUUGAAAUUGAUGAAAUAAAAAAUUAUAGCCAUUUCUAAAAAAUAACGGAUACGUUGUCAAGAUCACGAAUGCACGGUCCUGGCAGUUACGUGCGAGGUUUAUCCAAGUGCACUACGAAUCCAAAAUCAUGAAAAGAAAAAGAGUUCAGCGCAGGUAACUGAGAUACACCACACCGGCAUUGGCGUUUUAAGUUGUUUAUUUGUGGCGCCAUUAAAAAAAAAGAAAGACGUCAUUUAGUGUUCAAAACUUUCUUUAAAGGAAACCCAAUCUCCACACCUAGACACCUAGACAACUAGACACCUAGACCCUUUGCAACUCAAGUGGGCGUCAGUAUCGCGCACUGAGAACCCAUGACCAAGGUCUAUACAACACAAGACCUAAUGUUUUUUUUUUCUUGUUUUUUUUUAAAAUGCAGAUAGAAGAGGGAAAAAAAACCGAGCCUCAAUCGUUGAAUGAGGCCAACCACCCCCCGAAGUUUCCUGUUCCACAUUUACAUAACACCAACGUGUCUUUAAUACAGACACUGGAGACGAUGACGCAUUGUAAGGGGAAAGUCUUGGGGGGUGGGUGGGUUGGGGGGGGGGGCGACAAUCCCAGUUUGUACGGUGUAUAUAGAACGGGUGAUAACUUGGCAGGCAAGUUAAACCUGGCGUCAAACCAUUUAACGUUCACUUGGAUAUUGACGAUACGCCUUGAGAGACAGUAUGGGCAUUGAUUUAAUUUUUUAACAAAAAAUAUUCUAUUGCUAUCAGUCAUGCUGUUAUUUCUUGGACCAUCAAGUUUCUUGGAGCAUCAAGUUUCUUGGAGCAUCAAGUUCUACCUGAUUGAAGUUUUGGUUGGUUUCACGUAAGGUUUACUGAUCGCCUGGACUUUGUUGUUAAGAUGCGGUUCAUUGCUCAGCAUGCAUAUUGCCGCUUGGUUCUGGUUCAUUGAUGCCUAAACCAUGUCGUGUAGGUAAGAGUUAUUGAUCGCUUGCACCUUGGCGCUGAGAAAAAGAAAAGAAAAAAGCAUUGACCAACUUGAACCUGUUGUUUGGAUGCGUUUCUUUGAAAGCCUGGACCUUUCUCUACAGGUGCAGCUCAAUGACUGUCCUUCAGCAAUGUUGCUGAAAUAAAUCUAUAAGAAAUUCAUUUGUUAACAUUGCAUAUUAUAUUUUAGCAUGCUCAAAAUAGUCUGAAUGAAUUUUAAUAUUCCGUCAAGUCACAAAGAACCAUUAAAUUGUAAAAUUUUUGUAGCCUGACCUGAACAACACAAACAAGAAUUAGCAUUUGUUAACUUAUUUUUUUUUUUCGUAAUUGUGAAACAAAUAUAUGUAGUUUACAGUACGCAGUAUAUAUUUAUACGUAUAGUUACUAGUUAUAGCCAACCAAACAAUGGCGGGGCCGAGUCGUGACCUUCCCAUCUUCUAGAGUUACUUGAAAAAACCAUGCAUUCAGCUAAAGUACAUUUAGUGAAUUAGAGCUCUCCCCAGGUAUUUUACCGCACACUUUUUCUCAUACCCCUGAACUAUUUUAAUAAUAUUAAUAUACUUAUGUCCCACCCACUUUUACACCGCAGAUUUAUUACAUCAUAUUUUAAGUGCGACUAUUUCCGAAAACAAAAGAAAAUAUUACGCACCAAACGCACUUGCGGUAUUUAUAAGAAUCUCAUGUUUGCGUAAUUACAGGGAAUUUUAUUUUGCGCAUUAUUGAACUCACCACCACACCAUACAUAUCUAGAGGAUUAUAUUGUUUGAUAUUUAUAUGCAUAUGAUAUAGUAAUUAAUAAAGGAGUCUGCACCUUUAUUUUUCCCAGAGGCAUUUAAGAAAAUCCUUAGUUACACCAAACCCCAAAACUUCAUCUCAAGAUUUUAAUAUUCAUCCCUACGUCACUCAAAAUAGCCUCUAAUAUUGUUCUCCUCAGUGAAGACGUAUGAGAGACAAUCAUGGCACUCAUCCUGUCCCUUAUCAGUGACCACAUCCUGACUCUCCUCGUCACAACCGUGACUUUUGUGUUGUGGUGGGUCUCUCAGAGACGCCGGAAGCAACCCGCGCCUGGUCCAUGGGCCUGGCCCUUAGUGGGUCACCUGUUCUUGUUGAUGAGAGGUGACAAGAGGGAACUAUUCAGGUAAGUUCUGACACGCAUGUUCCCGCGAGUCGUUAGAAAUUCCAUGACUCCCAAUGCAUCACAAUAAUCUGUCGAAGGGUUGGGGGGGGGGGAGGGGGCGUUCACGAUAAGAGCUUAAUAAUUAAAGUAUGGCGCAAAAUGUCUUUAAUUUCAAGGUGUUCUGAAAUAAGAGCGAGUUUGCGAAGUUAAAUAAUGCAUCACAAUAAUCUGUCGAAGGGUUGGGGGGGGGGGGGAGGGGGCGUUCACGAUAAGAGCUUAAUAAUUAAAGUAUGGCGCAAAAUGUCUUUAAUUUCAAGGUGUUCUGAAAUAAGAGCGAGUUUGCGAAGUUAAAUUUACAAUUCUAAUUUCUAAACAAACCCCUAAGUAAUGCAUGAGACAGUCGCAGACUUUCAUGAUCUAAGAAUGAAUUAACCAAGACCAACAAAGUUGUACUGGCGGUCGUUCGACGUCCACAAAGGGAAAUCAUUCCAAACUUGUUACUGAAUUUAGUGCGUUCCCUUUGCACGUCGCCCAUGUUUAAUUUAUGAUUAUACUCCUUUCACACACUUGAGACCUGUGUGAUUGCUGGUUGAAGAAAUGUUCCUUUCAUCAUUUAGGCUCCUUUAAAAUCUUUUUUAGUUAAAUCUCGUUCAUUCUUAAACAAAAAAACGCGUACUAAAUUUAAAUCGAACAGAAAAUGUAACGUAAAAAGACCAGGGGCGUCACAAGGGUUGAUGUCACCAAGAGUGGUAAACUAAUGGUAUCUCCUCUUCCAGACUCCCCCCCCCUCCGUCCCACACACAGACCUAGAGUCUGCCUGCUCUGGUUACACCCCUAUUUUGCUAAAAUCUCCUUUGAGGGAAAACUAAUCUGAUGUAACAUAUGCCGGUGACAACCUGUUCUGUUGGAGUCCUUUUUUGGUGGCAUCUUGCUCUUGUAUUCAACAACGAUCUCUUAUGAAAUUGACCCGAACAAGCCUUGUGAACUUUGCCAAUUUCCAUCAGGUAUCCCCACCCUGGUGCAGUCCACCUCUCCCUAACACCGCCAAUUUCCAUCAGGUAUCCCCACCAUGGUGCAGUCCACCUCUCCCUAACACCGCCAAUUUCCAUCAGGUAUCCCCACCCUGGUGCAGUCCACCUCUCCCUAACACCGCCAAUUUCCAUCAGGUAUCACCACCCUGGUGCAGUCCACCUCUCCCUAACCGCCAAUUUCCAUCAGGUAUCCCCACCCUGGUGCAGUCCACAUCUCCUUAACACCGCCAAUUUCCAUCAGGUAUCACCACCCUGGUGCAGUCCACCUCUCCUUAACACCGCCAAUUUCCAUCAGGUAUCCCCACCCUGGUGCAGUCCACCUCUCCUUAACACCUUAGUGACCUACUGAAACAGAAACCCUCGUACGCCUUAAGUACACCAUAUGAGUUUCCUCGCACCCCAAAGUGCCUCCCGCCCUCCUACGGUCAUUCAGAGCGUGCAUGCGGUUCGCCCACCGUGUCGCCACACAGAGAACUAGUUGAUACUAAAGAAAACACGACCCUGUCACGCAAUUUUUCUUCCCCCCCCCCCCGGGUCUAGAUCAACAGUAUGAUAGGGUUUAGAUCAUGGUGUAGAUAUUGCUUUAAGUUUAUGAAGUUAUGUCUAUACACCAGUGGUUCUUAAUUCCCCCGGAGAAGGUCUCGAUUAACUGAAAAUAGUACAUGAGAACCACAUUUAAAACCAGGCUUGUAUUUGCGAAAUUUUUGGAUUAAAUGUUAAUGCGAACCGGACUAAAAGCCACUGCGACACGCAGAUAGCAUGGUUAGGGGGAAAGAAAGGAGGACGCAAGAGGGUAUGUGAGCAGACAUCUGGAAAUAUGACCGGAGGGGGGAGGGGGAGGGGGUGGUGUCCAGUUUAAAAAAGUUUUUUUUUUUUUUUUUAAUUAAGUGUCAAGAUUAAAGGACUUUGACUAUUAAAAAAAUCAAGUGGUACAGUUAGUAUCAGUAACAGAGCCCCAUUUAUCGUAAAACCGUCCACGCUCCGCACACUGGUCACGCACACUGGGGCGGACGGAGGGCAUCACAGUUUAAGAAUCACCACGGGUGGGAUUUAAAAAAAAAGGCUAAGUCAAAUAUAUAUUGAAAAGCUGAGAGACGUCCGUGACCCGAGACAUAAUACGAUACGCCAACUGAUUACGCUGCUUCACGUCAAGGUACAUCAUUUGACGGGUACAUGAAUAUAAAUUGGGUUGGAAGCUGACACGGUGCAGGCGGGACCAAGAUAGCUAUCGCCUGUCUAGGAAUGUCGACACUGGGGGUAGGGGCGGGAUCGGAAGGUGGACAUGUAAAUAUUGUUUAAAUAUGUUUAAAUAUUCAAGCAAUAAUUUGUGUGAGUCAAUCUUGAUGAGCCGAGUUCGGAUAACUCAGAAAACAAGUUUAAAACAAGGACCCUAAGUUCGUCAACCAUUUCUCUUCACUCAGCAAAUGAAGGGUUGAUGAACUGGUACAUAAAUAGUGGAACAGGAUGUGUUUAGGCUUGGGGGACAUAAAUAGUGGAACAGGAUGUGUUUAGGCUUGGGGGACAUAAAUAGUGGAACAGGAUGUGUUUAGGCUUGGGGGACAUAAAUAGUGGAACAUGAUGUGUUUAGGCUUGGGGGACAUAAAUAGUGGAACAUGAUGUGUUUAGGCUUGGGGGACAUAAAUAGUGGAACAGGAUGUGUUUAAGCUUGGGGGACAUAAAUAGUGGAACAGGAUGUGUUUAGGCUUGGGACAAAAAAGACAGAACAAUUAAAAGGACGUUUCGGCUCAAGAGCCUUCUUCAGCAAAUAAUACAAACCAAGGAAAAAUAAAAUUAAUUGAAAAACUUAAGUGUUCCCAGUUAACAAUGAAGCUUUCUCUGAUAACAAUGUAGCUUCCUGGAGAUAACAGUGUAGCUCUCAGAUAACAAUGUAGCUUUGUCGAGGUAACAAUGUAGCUCUCUCAGAUCACAGUCUAGCUUUCUCAGAUCACAGUCUAGCUUUCUCAGCAUCUGUGCACGUCACUUCAAUACGCGCCGCGAAAAGUGAGAGUUGUCCGUGCGUCAUUUAAACUAGUCUCUGUGUUAGUGUAGCAUUGUCAUUCAACUAUUCUACAACUUCAUAUUUUUAUACUAAUAGAAUGUGCACGUCACUUCAAUACGCGCCGCGAAAAGUGAGAGUUGUCCGUGCGUCAUUUAAACUAGUCUCUGUGUUAGUGUAGCAUUGUCAUUCAACUAUUCUACAACUUCAUAUUUUUAUACUAAUAGAAACUGAUGAAACCUUUUCGACGCUAAGUGGCGGAUCUAUGAAAAAAAGGGGUGGGGUGGUGAGAGGCCACAAGGACACCAUACAUUGUAGUGGUUUGAAGUUAGUUAAAAUUUUAAAUAAUUAAAAAUCAUUAUUUUUUUUUAAAAUUUAUCUCCAUAAAAAAAUCUGUAAAAGUAGGAGAGGGGGGCUGUAGACACGUCUAAUGCCCACAUGUUCUCUUCUCAUAUGAUUGUGGCGUGUUCCUCUCAAUGGUCUAUUUCUCUGUAUUACAACAGAAAACUGCGUGCACAGUACGGUGACCUUGUCGGUUUGUCCGUUGGUCGACAGUCCAUCCUGGUGGUCAGUGGCUCCAACAUGCUGCGCGAGGUGUUUGUCAAGCUCGGCAAGCACUUUGAUAAACGGCCGCAGGUAUUCACUGUGCAGAAAUCCUUGUCGGUUUGUCCGUUGGUCGACAGUCCAUCCUGGUGGUCAGUGGCUCCAACAUGCUGCGCGAGGUGUUUGUCAAGCUCGGCAAGCACUUUGAUAAACGGCCGCAGGUAUUCACUGUGCAGAAAGUGGGACAAGGGAAAGGUAAGGGCAAGGCCAAAGUAAGGGCAAGAUAGGGCAAGGUAUGGGAAAGGUAUGGGCAAGGUAAGGGCAUGAUAAGGACAAGGGCAAGGUAAGGGAAUGGCAAGGUAAGAACAAGAGAAAGGUAAGAACAAGGGAAAGGUAAGGACGAGGGAAAGGUAAGGACGAGGGAAAGGUAAGUACGAGGAAAAGCUAAGGAUGAGAGAAAGGUAAGGAGCGGGCAAAGGUAAGGACGAGAGAAAGGUAAGGACGAGAGAAAGGUAAGGACGAGGGAAAUUUAAGGACGAGAGAAAGGUAAGGAAAAGGGAAAGGUAAGGAGGAGGGAAAUGUAAGGAGGAGGGAAAGGUAAGGACGAGGGAAAGGUAAGGACGACGGAAAGGUAAGGACGAGAGAAAGGUAAGGACAAAGAAGGUAAGGAUAAUCAUUUAUCUUGGUGCAGGAGUACAUGUACUCAUCGGGACAAAAAGUUAUUUAUAAGUUUAAAGUUGUAGCUCAGGCACAGCCUUAGGUACCAUAACAAUGUAUUUCCCAGACCCUCCAACAUACAACCAACCUUAACCACUGCUUUAUCAUUGCGAAUGUUUUUCUCCCCCAGACCCUCUAACCUACAACCCACCCUAGCCAAUACUUUAUCAUUGCUAUUGUUUUUUCCCCCUCCAGCCGUUGUCAACUCAUCUGGCGACGUCUGGAAAGAGCACAGAGCCUUUCUGCUGAGGUUCAUGAGCCAGGCCGGGAUAGGCAAAACGACUUUUGAGGCCAACGUCUUGGAAGAGCUCCGCCCGCUGAUCAAAUUGCUGGAAUCGACCAGGGGCGCCGAAUUCGACCCGCGAUACUGCAUCCAAACGGCGGUUUCGAAUAUCAUCUGCUCGAUAUCGUUCGGCCAGAGAUUCGAUCACGAAGAUUUGGAAUUCAAGGAGCUGUUGAACAUCUUCGACGAGAACAUGAAGGUCUCAGGUGCCACGGCAUUGGUGAAUUACUUCCCUUUCCUGGAGUACCUCCCCGGGGACCUGUUCAAAUGUCGGCUGUGCUUGGACAACGUCGCCAAAGUUCAGCGCAUCCUGGACACCUGGAUAAAGCGUCACGUGAGCACGCUGGACGCCAGCGAACCCCGGGAUUUCAUCGACCACUACGUCCUGGAGAUGAGAGAAAAGGUGAAGGCCAACAGCCAUACAACAAUGGACGGUAUGGACCAUUCACGGCUGCAUUUAUUAUGAAGGGUUCAUGGUAGUCAUUUUGGGAUAGUUGGAAUUCUCGAUUAAUAUAUGCUCAUAGAAUUACACAUUUUUGUCUAUGUGUUUAAAGCGGCUUAAGACUACCCUAAACACUUAGAAUUUGUGAGUAAAUUUGGUAACAUAGAUUAAGGAAGAAAAUACAGAACUGUAUCAUCCUUCACACAAACAAUCAAAACAAAGACGCACCUUAAACGAUUUUCCGAAUAGCCAUCAUAUACUUAGAGAAGAGUUUAUAAAACAAAAAUAUAUAUUUGCAGCGAGAAGAUUUGCUGUACAAAGUUCAUGUGUUAAUUAGAAAUUUUUAAUUGAUUAGACUCAUUUCCCUAGAUCUUUUGAGACGGAGAGCCAAAAGUUACAAUUUACAAAAAUUUCCCAGUUUUUAAAGAGCCACUUGUUUAUGAGUUUUGAAAAUAAAAUAAUAUAAUUAUUGAUAUUUGCUCAUGGAACUGGAGAGCCGCAGGUUACCGGCCCCUGCCCUAGACUAUAUGCUAAAAUUAAAGAUCCUUUCUCAGCAUCUAUGCAGAAUCACUGCUUUACACCACAGUAAAUUAUAAUGAAAUAGUAAAAAGAAGUUAAUGAAAUAGUAAAAAGAAGUCAAUGAAAUAGUAAAAAGAGUUAAUGAAAUGGUAAAAAGAAACUUCUAUGUCGAUAUAUAUUACCAUAUUUUGUCGAUUUUUUUCGUUUUUACACACAUACACACACAUACAACAAAGAACAUUAGCCAUUUAAAGUCUUCUUCUUCUUUAUUUCUUCUUUAUUUUAAGGGCCCACGAUCAAUGAAUUGAUAAUUCUGGCUCCUAUGUCUGAUGUAUUUAUUGUAAUCUGAUGAAUAUACGCCCAUCACUGGUUGAAUGUUUCAGAUGGCCAAUUGUUAAAAUUUGUCGGAGAUCUCCUUGUAGCCGGCACAGAGACUUCAGCGACAACACUCAGGUGGAUGUUGAUAUUCCUCGUGCACCACGAAGAUGUCCAGCAGACGAUGUACAGGGAGAUCGAAAAAACCCUGGACGGCCGGGCGCAGCUGUCCAUCUUGGACAAGAAGAAGAUGCCGUACACGGAGGCCGUGAUCCUCGAAGGCCAGAGACUCGGCGACAUUGCCCCGUUCUCAUUGCCCCAUGCCACCACGGAACCGGUCAAGGUCGGCGACUACGUCGUGCCAUCAGGAACUCUCGUCAUCCCGAACCUCAACUCCGUGCACCUUGACCCGGAGCUGUGGGAAAACCCGAAUGAGUUUAAACCGAGCAGAUUCCUGAAUGGCGCAGGGGAAGUUGUCAGAGACACUGAGAUAUUGCCAUUUUUCCAAGGUGUGUACUGGGUUUGAUCAACUAUUUUAAAAAAGUAGAUUUAAUCUUUAAUAUUUCUGGUUAAUUAAAAGACUUUCAGGUUUUUGCCCUCCCCAUCCCCGUAAGCUGUAAGCUUUAUGACUUAUCCCAUAGUGUUAAUAGCUUAAAAAGUGAAUCAUACAUUAAUAUUAAUUUUUUAGAAUAUAUUUAUUCGUGAAGUAGAAUAUGUUCAAUUUUUCAGACAAUAAUAAAAAAUGACAACACAAUAAUGGUAUCCCCAUAUUUUAUACGUAAGUCCAGAUGGUGUGGUUAUGGUUGGGAUUUUACUUGAUGAUAGUAAACUUGAAAACAAAACAAGAAAAAAAAACCCCAACAAAAAAAAAAAAAAAAAAAAACAACAACCAAGAAGCAAACAAGAAAAAAUAUUUUUAUCAACUACCCAAAUUUGUGUUCACCCCUGAAUUCGUUGGACACACAUGACGGUUUCAUGCAUUAUUAAACCCUCUCUUAAUCAGCUUAAACUUAAAUCAUGUUUUCCCCCCUUUCUCCUGUUCAGGUCCCCGUAUGUGUCCAGGACGGGGCUUAGCUCGACUGGAACUGUUUCUGUUCCUGACAUCCAUCGUCCAACAUUUCCAGCUCCUUCCGUCCGAAUCUGAAGGGUUGCCUCGCCUGGACGGCCAUGUAGGAAUCACUUAUGUCCCCUUCCCGCACAGGAUACGAUUUGUGAAGAGGACAUUAAGAGGAGAGGAAUAGCCGAACUACAGAUAAAUAAUAUAUUUAUAUUUUGACUGUUUUACUACAAGUAUUAUGAUAUUUAUUUUGAAAAAUGGCAAUGGGUGUGGUUGACACAAUUUAAUGCACACAUGAAUGACUUUUGAAAUAUUGAAUUAGUUUCAUAAAAGAUUUUUUGAAAUGUUUGCAAAAUAAAAUUUUAAUGCUUUUUAUUUCAAAAUCGUAUUUGCUGGUAAAAAAAAAAUGCGAGGAAAAGUGCGCCAACACGGGGUGAAUUCCAUUGAUGUAAGGCGUGGGCGUCAGAUUCAGAGCUGGCCCUAGCUGCAUGUAUGCCUACUUUUGGUGUAAAUAACACUUAAAUAGCCCCUUAGGAUCAAUUUCACUGACAGAAAGACUAACCUCCCACCCCCCAAAACCGCAACGAAAAUUUUUUAUUUUAAAUUGAAGAUUUUUUCUAAAUAACAGCAACAAAAACAACAACAAAAACAAGAACAACAAAAACAACAAGAACAAGAAAGUAAAAAUAAAAAGUGGUUUCGAUUUGACAAUCGUAACACCUGUUCACGAAAGCUUGAGAGGGCACAGAACAUAGAUAUCGAGGCAUCAGAGAAGCAUGUGUGUGCAGAAACUCCAUCAGAGAAGCAAGUGUGUGCAGAAGCACCAUCAGAGAAGCAUGUGUGGGCAGGAACACCAUCAGAGAAGCAUGUGUGUGCAGAAACACCACCAGAGAAGCUAUAUGUGUGCAGAAACAUCACCAGAGAAGCCCACUUAUGCCACAAACGUGCCGGGAACACACUUGUGUUGUCAAAAAUGCAUCUAUGGUACAAUGUAACGCACGGAUUCAUCUUCAAAUCACUGGGAACACAGGGAUGUGCAUUUCACGCCCGAGAAGUUCAGGGUGGGAAUAAAAAAAAAAAAAAAAAAAAAAACAACUAAACAAACUUGAAUUCUNAAAAAAAAAAAAACAACAACAACUAAACAAACUUGAAUUCUCUCAUGAAUUUUGCAGUAAUUUGAAACUUUCUUUUAUUGUGAUACAUCCCGAAAUAUUAACUUGACCGAAAAACAUGCAUGAAUCCAAUUAAUCGAUAUGGAUAACGAUUUUGGCGUAGCCGAGUCAAUAGUGUUUACUCUUAAAUUAAACAGCAAGUGGUGGAUAAGGGUAUCGAUGUUUGGAUUUAAUUAAAACUUUUAUGGUGGUUCUCAAAUUCGUUAAUGGGCCGGCUAAAAGCGGUAUGCAAGUAAAUGCGAGUA